AGACAUAGUAAGGGUAACAUUGGCAACAUUGAUUUUGUCGAUACUCGAUAAAAUAAAUUGCAUAUGUAACAUCACUAACGCAAAGUACUUUACUGUGGGGCUGUCGAAAAUUUUGGAUUCAAUAAAAAUUGCGUUUUAAACAUGUUUUCACGUGUAGCUUUGCGUUCAGUCGCGGCUCGUCAGUCCACACCGACAGCGCUUGUCGCUCGUGGCUCAGCCUCCGAAGUCAGUGGUGUGCGGGAUGAGAAAAACUUCCCCAGGCCAGUGAGAGGUGAACCCGGUAAAGUUCGACUUGGCUUCAUUCCCGAAGAAUGGUUCCAAUUCUUCCAUUCAAAGACUGGUGUGACUGGUCCCUACACAUUUGGUGUGGGUCUCGCCACAUAUUUGUGCAGCAAGGAAAUAUAUGUCAUGGAACAUGAGUACUAUACCGGUCUCUCCAUUUUCGUAAUGAUCUAUUAUGCCAGCACCAGGUUUGGACCCAAACUUGCAGAAUUCCUCGAUAAAGAAGUAGAUAACGUAGAAAGCAGCUGGAAUGCAGGUCGCUUAGAAACUAUUAAGUCUCUUGAAGAUGCCAUCGCUGGAGAGAAGGAGGCUCAGUGGAGGGCUCAAGGACAGGAGCUGCUCAUUGAAGCCAAGAAAGAAAAUGUUCUAUUGCAACUCGAAGCCGCGUAUAGAGAACGUGCAUUGAACGCAUACCAGGAAGUCAAGCGUCGUCUGGACUACCAACUCGAGAAGUCCCUCUUGGAACGCCGUAUCGCCCAGAAGAACAUGGUCGACUGGAUCGUAACCAAUGUGACCAAGGCCAUCACACCAGACCAGGAGAAGCAGGCCAUGGACCGCUGCAUCGCAGACCUAGCGGCCCUCGCAAAGAACUAAAAUUUAGUUAUUUAUUAUCUGCAUAUUGUUAAUAAACUGAAAUCAAGCGUAAUAUAGUU